CCUCCGCGCCUAUGCCAUGACGUCACGGGUUCCAGGAAUGGCGGCGCUGUCUGCAGAGGGAAGCAGCCCGAAGAACCCGAAACUUUGUUCGUAACAUCACUCAGCGGCGACGCGAACUCCACCGCUCCUACGUCGGCCAAAACCGCCGCUUUAUAAGCCAGCGCAACGGUGGAACUCAGUCUCGACGCUGUUAAUAUUGAAUUACGACGUCCCAGAGUAUAUUAGUUUGCUUGACUUUGCGAGGGCCGAAAGACAAGAGCAAAGAGAUACAAGUAACGCUACAUAAAACAGCCACAACCGACCCAAACUGCCCUCUUUUGAGUCCGUCCCUUUCAUUGAAGGUGUUUUUGAAGUUUCUUGUCUUGCACAUACGCUAAAAGGCACGACACUGGAAAUAAGGUGAAGUCACCAGCUGCGGGUUUGAUGCCACGAUGGAGAGUUUAACGCUGAGCGAUGUCGAGCAGAAAUAUUACUCGGAACUCUUCCUCUCCUGUGAUGUGGACAACGCCAAGAAAGUGGCUUCCAAUGGCAAAGUUCUGGACCUGUUCCGGUCGGCCCAGCUCUCGAAUGAGCUGGUCCAUCAGAUCACUGAACUCUGCGGUGCCACACGUCUUGGUCAUUUCGGUCGGAGUCAGUUCUACAUUGCACUAAAGCUCAUUGCACUGGCCCAGUCUGGACUGCCUCUGCGCUUGGAGAGCCUGAACAGUGUAAGGGAUCUGCCCCUCCCUCGUUUUGUGAUGAGCAAGAAUGAGCAGGAAGCGAGACAUGCAGUCAUGUUCGCAGAUGCAGAAAACCAGGGGCCCUACUCUGGCGUCAUCCCCAGACCUCCAGGCAGAGUGCCAACCAAAAAAGUGUCAGCCCAUGAGAUGAUUCAGCCCGGUGUGGCCACCGUCGACCCCCAGCCGGACACCACGUCUCCUGUUGUGUCCCCACACCAGUCCCCUCCCACCUCGCCCCAUUCCUGGAGGAAGCACAAACGGCAGGCCAGCGGUGGAAACGUGGACAGACAGCACUCCGUGCCAGGAGUUGUUUGGCCACCUUUUAGAGAAGCACAGCCAGGACCAGUAACAGGUGAUGGGAUGUGGGCCGCCCAAUCGCCCCCUCCUGUACAGGAAAGUUGGGUCAGCUUUACAGACACGCCCCCCUCCAGCACACUUCCAAUGCAUCCCUCCUCAGCUCAGCCGGAGAGCACAACAGUACGAACGGUGCCGUCUGCAUUGAACACAAAUGAAAUCCAAAGACAGAACAGCGGUUACGAUGACCCCUGGAAGAUCACAGAUGAGCAAAGACAGUAUUACAUAAACCAGUUUAAGACCAUUCAGGCUGAUCUUACUGGUUUAAUCCCUGGCUCUGCCGCAAAGGAAUUCUUUACAAAGUCGAAACUGCCUAUUCUUGAACUGUCUCACAUUUGGGAGCUAUCGGAUUUUGAUAAAGACGGUGCACUGACAUUGGAUGAGUUCUGUGCUGCAUUUCAUCUCGUGGUUGCAAGAAAAAACGGUUAUGACCUUCCUGAAAAGCUCCCUGAGAGUCUAAUGCCAAAGCUUAUUGACUUGGAUGACUCAGCAGGAGUCCCAGAACCUGCCCCCGAGGUGGACUUCUCUGCUUCCCCUGUAGAGGUCACUCCAAAUAAGUCUCCCUCCAUGCCUUCCCUGAACCAGAACUGGCCUGAGCUCAACCAGAAUAAUGAGCAGUGGGAGACUUUUAGCGAACGCUCCUCAAGCUCACAAACUCUGACCCAAUUUGAUUCUAACAUUGCACCAGCUGACCCUGAUACAGCAAUAGUCCACCCUGUGCCCAUUCGCAUGACCCCCAGCAAGAUCCACAUGCAAGAGAUGGAGCUCAAGAGAACUGGAAGUGAGCACACACAUCCAACUAGUCCAUUAAUGGCUAAACCUCCAGAGCUAACGGAUGAGGCUAAGCUAGCAACAGCAAUUACGUUUCCUGGUACUACUGUCGGAGAUGGCUAUAGCAGCUCAGAUUCAUUUACAUCGGAUCAAGAACCCAUUUCCAGUGCUGUGAACAGGCAAAGGUCUCAUUCUGGUACAUCUUCGGAGGGACUGAAAGUUGUGGCUCCGCCCCCACCUCCACCCCGCCCCCAUGCCUCCCAUUCACGUUCCUCAUCUCUAGACAUGAACAGAACAUUUGCUGUUAUUACUGCAGGUUCUCAGCAGGCAGGUGUAGUGGCCUUUCCUCCAGCAGUGCCUCCAAGACCACUGCCCACACAGACAUCAGUGCCACUAGGUCACCGUUCGGUAGAGGGAGACGGUCUUCCAACACAUACCAGCACAUCACCUCAGCAAAUGCCACAACAGCCUAACUUUGCUGACUUCAGCCAGUUUCAGGCUUUUGCUGUGGACCAUCCGGCAGAUGAUGCAGAGAAUCUAUCUGACUGUGGACAGGCAGAAAGAUGUGCAGAACCUGCCGGGACGAUUAGAACGGUGAAGAACAACAUUCAGGAAGAAGAAAGAAAUGCAGCCACUGUCAACUCUGCCAAAGUAUCCACUCCAUUGGCUCCACCUCCAAAACCUGUCCGUCGAAGACUGAAAUCAGAAGAUGAGCUCAGACCAGAUAUAGAGGACCCUCCGCAAAAGUCCAACGUCAUAGCCACUGUUCUAGCAACACAGCCCUCAAUUCCACGCUCUGUUGGUAAGGAUAAGAAGGCCAUUCAAGCUUCCAUUAGAAGAAACAAAGAAACAAACACCGUUUUAGCCAGACUCAACAGUGAAUUACAACAGCAAUUAAAGGACAUGCUAGAAGAAAGAAUAUCGCUUGAAGUGCAACUGGAACAGCUUAGACCUUUUUCGCAUUUGUAACUUGAGUUUGUGUGCGCGCGGGUGCUUCAAAUGCGUGUAUGUGAAGCGUGAAUAACUCCUGUUUUUUUGUUUUGCUUGUUUGAAUGGUUAAUUGGAUCCUCUGGUAGGAUGUCCAUUUCACCCCGUCUCUACUCCUGUGACCAUGUUAGAAGAGACAAAUCACUGCUUACUCCAGAGCGCUCGGUCUCACACCGCCAGAGGCCCCAGGAAUGCGGACGUUCAGAGGUACGGGGUCCCGGAGCAGUAUCCGUUAUGGCACUUUGAUGCAACAGAGUCUGAGUGAUUGUAUAUGUAGUAACCCCCUAACCAGACAAGUUAUAUUAGUAUAGACUAUGAGGCAAGGGCCUUGUAUCAGGGUACAGAAGGCUGUAUUCUGGUUAACAUGAAGGACCUGAAGGACUCCCUUUCCCUCCUGUUCCUAGUUGUGAAUAUCCAGAGAAAUCAAUGCAGCUUGUCACGUUCUUCCAUGUUGAAGGCACCCAUGUGUGCUCGGACAAUCAUGUGAGGCUGUGCACUGGCCAAGAUGGGAGAAAUUAUAUUUGGGAGAUCAUUGUCUUUUUUCAGAAGUACGCUUAAAGGUAUAUUUCACCCAAAUUUACUCACCUUCCUGUUGUUCCAAACCCAUUUGACUUUCUUUAGUGGAACACAAAGAUAUUGUGAAUGUUUGUAUUGGUCACUCUUUUCCAUGCAGUUACAGUGAAUGGGGACUGAUUAAUUGAAAAGAUCAGACUCCAAUGAGUGCAAUUUAAUAACUUAAAUUUCAGUUUGUUCCUUGCAUAAAGCUAUAGUAUGGCUUCAGGAGACUUGGACUAUAGCACACAAGUCAUGUGGACUAAUUUUAUAAUAUGUUUAUGGUGCUUUUUUGUCAUUUUGGAGCUUAAUGGCCCCAGUACUCACUCAUUUUGAAUAAACUGAAAAAGAGUGGCCAGGAUAUUCUUCAAAAUUCAUCUUGUGUUCCAUCUUGUAGAAGUAAGUGAUAUGUGUUUGGAAUGACAUGAGGUUGAAUAAGGGAUGACAAAUUUUCAAUCGUGGGAAAGCUAUUGCUUUAAGACUGAUUCAGAAAGUCGCUCUUUCAUAAAACUUCCUGGACGGCACAUCUGUGUGUGUGUGUGUGUGUGUGUGUGUGUGUGUGUGUGUGUGUGUGUGUGUGUGUGUGUGUGUGUGUUUAUGUGUAAGAGUUUGAGGAUAACAGUUACAAAUGUAUUGUGUCAAAGAUUGCUUUAUUUUUGUCUCAUAACACGCUGUGUGGUGUAACAAUUCGUUCAACAUUGUACAGUCUUUGUACGGUAUGACAAAAACACUUUGUUUUCUCACUCUCCAUCUUUUGUUUGUACCUUACACGGUACAUCAUCAGAUUCAAUCCUCUGUGAUGUGAACAGUACAAAAGGUGAGACCUGAAACAAUGACUGCACUUUGCCCCAUUUGAUUUCAUUUGUCUUUCCUCAUCACUAUUUUUUGCAUGUUGUUCACAAUCUUAUUUUGUAUAAAACAGCUCUUAACAAUGAACCACUUGAUUUGUAUCUGUAACGUCUGAACUAGUGUGACGUUUGUGUUAUGUAGAUUUACGCCAUGUUUCAUUCAUUUGUUUGUUUUGACUGAUGUGUGCUUUCUUUUACUAGUCCUCAAAGCCUUACUUUCAGGUGUGCAGGUUUUCACAGUUAUGUAUCCCGCCCAUUUUAAAUCGAGGUGAGCCUUCUCUCCCUGCUGUUCGAGCUGAUUUACUGUAUCAGGGGUUUGUUGUAUAUUGUAUGAUACACACCUUUUGAUCUCCUAUGUAAAUUUGCAUUAAUUGCUGACUAACAGCAAAUAUUCUAUUUAAUUGCUUAAAUAAUGGCAGUGGGAUCAUAAAUGUUUAACUGCAUGGAUGUGUCUCUGCAGAAUGAACUAGCAGCUGUGUGAUUUUUACACAAAAUAAAAUGGCACAAUAUUUUAAUAUUUUCC